AUGUGGAGAGUUAAUCUUAUUGAACACAAAAGUCACGGCGGUGGACACGGCAACACCGCCGUGACAAUGUCACCAAGCGUGCCACUUUUUGUGCAGAUCAUCGUUGGAUGCUUAUCCGCAGCCUUGGACGCAACACCGACUUUAUCUGCGGAUGGAAACUCCGUUCAUCGCCUUGUCAUCGACGGCCUCAGUGGACACGGCAACACCGCCGUGACAAUGUCACCAAGCGUGCCACUUUUUGUGCAGAUCAUCGUUGGCCUCAGUGGACACGGCAACACCGCCGUGACAAUGUCACCAAGCGUGCCACUUUUUGUGCAGGUUGGUGCUCGAAAGUUUGGUUUUCAUAGUGAUCACCUUUGCUUGUUAGUGUUGCCGUGUCCACAUGUAGUCCUUGAUUGUUUACGUGAGUGUUUCUCAACAGCAGUGCUUUUACUAAAGCUAUCCGGAGAUGUUGAGGAAAACCCCGGACCGAUUACGCAAGAAAUGUUCAAUGAAAUGAUUCAAACUCAGAAAGAAAUCCUGUCUAAGAUUUCAGAGAUACAAACAAAACAGGCAUCGUCCGAAGCAACGAUGCUCCAAAUGCAGAACAGACUACUGACAAUAGAAAAAAAGCUACAAAGGGUUGAUGAAACUGAGACUAGACUUGAAAAGCCCGAACACUCUGUCGGCGGUUGCGACGCCAAAAUUGAAACACUCGCCAGGCAAAUUGAUGAGUUAGAAAAUUGUUCCAGACGAAACAAUCUUAUUGUUAGAGGUAUUAAAGAAGUCAGCAAAGAAACCGAAGAAAUUUUACUAAAAAGGGUGAAUGAUGACGUUUUUGAUAAGAUUCUAAAUAAUAAACUAAACUCUAUUGAGCGUAUACAUAGGCUUGGAAAAAAGGUUUCAGGUAGAGACCGUCCGAUUAUGCUCAAGGUUUCAGACUUCCGAGAUAAACUGGCUAUUUUGAAGAGCUGCUUCAAGCUCAAAGGUACCCCAAUCAGCAUCAGUGAAGAUUUCUCUAAAAGGGUUGUUGAGAUCCGCAAAAACCUGUGGAAUUCUACGGCAGAAGAGAGAGGAAGGGGUUCUAAAGUGAAAUUAGUAUUCGAUAAGCUAAGAGUGGACAAUGCCCUUUAUGCCUGGAACGAAGCUACUAAUGAGAGGUUUAAGUGCCAUGAGGGUCCCCUCGAGACUCUCAUAGAAACCACCCCGGGAGAUGAAAAUAAGUGA